GUUAGAGAGUCACAAAAGCAACGGAAUGUGUCUAAGCUACGCAAGCCAGUAGUUAAAGUCAUUUCUCUUUUGAUGGCGGUAUGUGAUGUAGUUGUGAGCAACCUGACGAUCAUCUAUGUAGCAGUGAUCGCGUGCGUUAAGGCAUACGGGCUUAUUGUGUGUGGUCAAAGCUUCGGCGGUGGCUUUGUGGUGAUUGUGUCCACCACCGUAGUCGCUUUUAUCCUUGUGGCCACACUCACUUGGGACGUGUCGCGUAAAGCCACGUGUCCUUUCAGCCGCCAUCAUGCUCAGAGCCUAAUUAACCAUCAUGACCAUGAGAUGUGCAAGGGAGGCAUAUGCUGGCACGGCGUCGCGGUUAGAUCCCCAGCUUCUCACAUCCGUUUCAGACUCCCCCAGCAGAUUCCUUAUGCGGCUUUCUAACACUUCAGUUUCCAAAAUUCAUAAUACUAGUAAAGUGAAGGAUGUUAUAAUUAAGAGUGAUAUGAAUGUGGUGCCUGUUGGAUGAAGGAGGAGGGAGCAGAGUGGGUAGAGUCAUUGGUUGGCGGAGGUGAAAGGUGUGAUCACUUCUUCUUGGUAAUAUACAUGUGGAUUUUUGGUAAUUGCUCUUCACUCUAUUGGCCGAGUAAACUUUGUUUUCUCACGACGAACAUUGUGUACGACUUGAUUUUAUUUAUUUAUUAAUAUUUUCACUACGGACAUGUUAAUAUUAUUAUUGCUUGUCGGAGUGAUGGGAAAAUGAAAUCUACACCUGGCUGGCUAGAGGAGUGAAGGGGGACCAUACUGGAUGAAUAUAUCUAGCGCUUUUCGUAUAAUAUCUCGUUCCUUAAGUAGCCAGCGAGUACACUAUAGUCAGUGUAUUAUAUUAGAUAUUGUGUAUAACAUUAUAAG